GUCAAGGCAGAAAACCAGCCUUAAAGAAUUACUUAUUACUUAAAAUAUAUAUUUUUACAAUUUAGUAAAGAAUUUUUAGUUAUUUAUAUUAAUUAAAAUGGAUGUGAAAAGCUUAGAACCAUAUUCAAUUAUAGGAUUUGAUGGGUCAGCAAUAAGGGGACUAAAAGUACAUCCAGAUGGUGACCAUAUAGUGUACCCCAUGGGCAAUAAAGUAUGUAUUCAAGAUUGGAAAACCAAAACGAUGUAUUUUCUUAGCGGCCAUACAAAUAGCGUGUCGACUGUAGCUAUAUCGCCUAAGGGGACAUAUAUCGGGUCUGGUCAAAUCAACCACAUCGGUUUCAAGGCAUCUGCCAAAGUUUGGGAUUUUAAAAAGAGGACCCUUCUUGGUACACACGAACUUCAUAAGGUGCGAGUCGAAGCGCUCACAUUCUCUUCGGAUGAGCGCUACAUGAUAUCUUUGGGUGGGCGGGACGAUGGCUGCGUGGUGUUAUGGGACUGUGUCGCUGGAGCUGCUACGGGUACAGCGGCAGCUUCUAGACUAACCACGGGCGACGCUGUCACACUUACUGCACUGUCACAACGCAUGAACUCGUUUGUUACUGGUGGUGAUUCGAACCUUCGAGUAUGGAAUAUUCGUGCGGCGAGCAAGAACCUAGAUGUUGUCGAUGUAACGUUAGGAAAAUUGCGUAGGAGUGUACGCUGCAUUGCGAUCAGCCACGAUGACUCCUAUGGGAUAGCUGGAACAACAUCGGGUGAUAUGAUAAAAUUCUCUAUAAACUAUCCUCCGGAUCCAAUGGAAGAUGUGUCGCAUUGCAAGCCAUCUUUACUCGGCUGUUUGGCAAAAUGCGGUCCUUGGAAGAAAGGAAAACGACCUGAGUCCUUAUGCUACAGUCAAGGCAUUGAGACAAUAAUGAUUAUGGACGAUGGCUGCCUUAUCGUGGGGUCUGGGGACGGAAUGAUAGACAUAUUAGAUGAGAUCAACUGGAAGGGAACUUUUCCCAAGGGAAAAUUAGUAGACCCAAAUAAACCUCACUAUAAAGCCUUAAAAAGCGUAAAAUUAAACGGUAGUAUAACAUCGCUGGAGAUAAUGGAGACACCUCAGUUGCGAGGUGAUAAGCGUCUCCUAUUGGCUGGCACACGGACAAGCGAGAUAUACGCUAUUAACAUACACACAUUUGAACCUACACUCGUUGUUACGUGCCCACGAUGCGCCAUCAAUCACAUCGCCUUUCCGAGAGGUAUGUCCGGAGUAUUUGCGACGGCAGGUGCAGGUGACGUAAGAGUGUGGUGCGUGAAAACUGCGCAGGAGUUGCUAAGAAUCGUUGUUCCUAACUUUAUCUGCUCAUCGGUUCUCUUCUCUGCUGAUGGGAAAUCUAUUGUAUCUGGCUGGAACGACGGCAACAUACGAGCGUUUACACCACUCACUGGCAGACUAAUGUACUGCAUUUUCAAUACUCAUAAUAAAGGCACAUCAGCCCUUGACAUGACCACGGAUUGUAGAACCCUCAUAUCAGGAGGCUGUGAAGGACAGGUGCGUGUAUGGGAUAUAAAGCCUGAGUGCCAGUCUUUGAAGAAAGUUCUAAAGGAACACAAGAGUCCCGUAUCCGCUAUACAAGUGUCUCCCAACAAUAUGGAAGCUGUUAGUGCAGGGACCGAUGGCUCGUGCAUUAUAUGGGAUCUUGUCUCAUUGUCACGUCGUCAAGUGAUGUACGCAAAUACGUUGUUUAUGUGCGUAUGUUUUGAGCCACUCGGGUGUCAGUUAUUGACGGGUGGGACAGAUCGACGCGUGGCCUACUGGGAGACUGGAAGUGGAAACUUAGCUAGGGAAUUAGAAGCAAGCAAAGUAGGAGCUGUCAAUGGAUUACAUAUCACGCAAAACGGAGAAUUAUUUGUGACUGGUGGCAAUGAUCAAAUGGUCAAGUUAUGGAAAUACCAAGAGGGUAUCUACACACACACUGGGCUUGGACACGCUGGUGCGGUAACAUGUUGCCGCUUUAGUCCCGAUGCAAAAAAUAUUGUUAGUUGCUGUGCGGCUGGCAGCAUUAUCAUAUGGAAAAUGCCAGAGCAAUACAUACAAAAAUACUCGAAACCUCCAUCAGUGAGAAACAGUAUAUCCAAAGUACCAAAAGGGUUGCAAGAGGAACUCCGCUUGCCUCUCGAAGAAAAACCUACUCAGAAAGCUGCGGGAGACAGACAACCUAAAAUACCUGCAAGACCUUCUAAAGAAGAAAAGAUUGGAGCAAUGGAUACGACGCGUAGUAGCGUACACUCGUGCUGUCCGUGCGAUACGGCACGCUCAAUUACUUCUAACACAAGUGCGAAUAAUGGAAAAAAUACUAGCAACACUGUCAAGUGUUGUCGUCCACCAGACAAUUUACCAACUCGAACAACCAGUAAGGAAUAUGUCAGUGGGAGUGGUGAUCGAAAAUGAAAAGCUAUAAUUAAAUAAAUGAAGACUGCUAUUGUA